GAACUUCCGGUUAAGUUGAAAGGACGCAAAACGCAGACGCCAUAGUCAACAUAGAGACGCUUGACGAGACUGGCUUUCAGCGGCAACCGGAAAAAACAAAUUUUGGAAAUAUUUCUCUUGCAGGAACUGGAAGGAACGUGGUUGAAUCAUGAGUGUUGAAAUCUGCACUGGGGCAAAUCCACCUCUGACCAAAAUCUUCGUCGGCCGGCUUCCUGAGAACGCUGACCCAAUCGAGCUGCGACGCUUGUUUGAGCGCUAUGGCGAGGUCACCGAGUGUGACAUCCUGAACCGCUACGGAUUCGUUCACAUGAAGUCGGAGGAAAUGGCCCUUGAGGCCAUCAGGAAUCUCGACAACUACAACUUCAUGGGGUCGCAAAUCAGUGUUGAGCAAUCAACAGGCAAGAAGGGCGGACGCGGAGGCCGCGGCGGUGGUCCCAUGCGAGGAGGCCGUGGAGGGGGCAGGUUCGGAGGCGGCUUCGGCGGGCGAGGCGGUCCCCCGAGCAGGGGCCCCCCCUACACCAGGGAGCUCCCGAGGGAGUACGAACGGCGCGGUCCUCCCAGCGGCCCGCCACCGUCCAGGAACGGAUACGGCGCCGGCGGCUACGAGGACUACGACAGGGGCGCCAACGGCUACGAGGCUUACGGCUACGGUGCGGGCAGACAGCCGCAGACAAUGAUGGCUGGCAGGGAAAGGCAAAUGGGCGGCUGGGGAGCCCGCGAGGCUGAGCGCGCCCCUGCUGACAUGAUGGGACGGCCGCCGGCGCCGGCAUACGACCGCAGACCCCCGGCCAACGGCUACGGCGACAUGAGUCGCACCUACGCCGAGCGACCGGCCGUGGCACCGCAGGCCAGCAUGGCCGGAGCCUACGACAGACGCCCCAUGUACGAGGCGAGACCACCCGCCGACCCCUACACGCGUAGGACGCCGCCGCCAGCUGCUGGUGGCUACGCCAUGGGCGGAGGAUACGACAGAGCACCUGCUGACCCAUACAGACGCUACCCACCUGCAGCUCCCCACGAGAGGGACAUGCCGCCUCGACGUUACUAGGCCGCCCGCCGCCCCGUCGAAGAAAAUGCGAGCGAGCUUGCUGCCGAAUUGCGUGUCAACCCGUCUUGAGGCGCGCGAGCCACUUUUUCACUUUUCCAAACAUUCACCGAUUUAUUCAUUUAGUCGAUCAAAUGCGUACAAUCCUGUUGUUGUCACAAUAUACUAAUAACAAGAAGAAGUUUAGUGUUUGCCUGCCAAUCGCAGAGAACAUUCUGAUUAUUCCCGAGCGAGCGGCCCCCACGCCGUCUCUGCCUCACUAGGUGUUACUUUUUAAGCUUUUAUAGCCGUGUGAUCUGAUCUUUAUUCAGGAAUACAUUGCAGUAUCAAAAGUAAUUAUUUAUGUUCUAAUUAGACACCAUUGAUCACAAAUGUAAAGAAUUUGCGUUUGGAUGCGGUAAUAAAUUAUCAUAAUCGUCUAUAACUCUUGA